AUGGUGGCGCGACCAAGGUCGCCGUGUGGCGCCCUGCUCCCACAGUUCUAUGCUGGGAGGGACAUCUUCAUAACGGGAGCUACGGGCUUCAUGGGGAAAGUGCUGGUAGAACGUCUUCUGUCAACAUGUCCGGAUGUAGGAAGGCUACAUCUUCUGAUGAGGUCCAAGAAGGGAGAGACUCCAGAGAAGAGGCUGAUGAAGCUGAAGCAGUCACAGGUGUUCGAUAUAGUCCGUCAACAGAACCCAACACAACUGGAUAAGCUCGUGUUUAUCCAGGGCGAUGUGGCUCAGCCUGGACUUGGCAUCGCUACGGCGGAUCUGAAGCAACUUCAGGAGGUAUCGAUAGUUUUCCACUCAGCCGCUACCCUCAAAUUCGAUGAAGCUUUACCAGCUGCGGUGGAUCAGAACGUCCUGUCUGUCUUAAGACUGAUGGACAUUUGUGACACUUUGCCUAAUUUACAGGCAUUUGUACACGUAUCAACAGCGUACAGCAACCCAGAGCGUUAUGUUGUUGAGGAGAGGGUAUACCCCUCACCAGUUUCCCUAUCUCGUCUCCUGGCACUGGUAGACGUUGUUCCAGCUCCGAUACUGGCUAGCAUCACUCCACAGUAUAUAAAACCGAAGCCAAAUACGUAUACUUUUACAAAGGCGAUGGCUGAGGAAGCGAUACGCAGCCGUGCCAGCAGCUAUCCCGUUGCGAUCUUCAGACCUACAAUAGUGGUAUCCUCCCUCAAGCAUCCAUAUCCAGGCUGGAUAGAAAAUCUAAACGGGCCAAGUGGUGUAGUGGUGGCAGCUGGUAAGGGAUUACUUCACGUCUUCUGCAGGAAACCAAAUGCUAAAGCUGAUCUUAUACCAGUGGAUAUCGCUAUUGACACUCUAUUGGCCGUGGCUUGGGAAACAGCCGUUGAUAAGUUGUCGGACGUCAGGGUCUAUAACUGCGGCACUGGCGAGAACCCAACAACGUGGGGUGAUUUCGAGAGAGCUUUAAAAGUCUAUCUUCCGCAAUAUCCUCUGGAUGGUUGCUUGUGGUAUCCAAGCGGAAACGGGGUCGAGAACAGAUAUGUCCAUAAAAUCCUAGAGUUCCUCCUGCAUACAGCUCCGCUGCAUGUUGCUGAGUACGUCAUGAGAGCUCUUGGUGUUAAGAUGAAAAUAAGUUUAAUAACAGCGGAGCAGAAGCUACGGGCUAUGAGUGAUGUGCUGGCGUUCUUCGCGCUGCGAGAUUGGCAGUUUAAGAACGAUAAUGUACAAAAAUUGAGAGCAAGACUAACACCGAGCGAUGCUGGGAUAUACAAUCUAGAUCCCAAGACAAUAGAUUGGAACGAACAGUACAAAAACUUCGUAAAAGGAACUAGGAAGUUUUUGCUGAAAGAAAAGGAUGAAGAUGCAGAAGAAGCGAAGAGGCACCUCAACAGAAUGUACUUCAUCCACAAAGGCGUUAUGUUCUUCGUAAUGAUCCUACUAUUUCGACUUAUCUUACAAAAUAAGACAAUUCGCGACAUCGUGUACGGAACUCUGCGAUUAUUGGCUUCUCUUUUACACGCAUCAUAUAAUAUGUUAGAAGUGUGAAAGAGAUAGUCAGUACUUAGUUUAUUAUUUACAAUAAGGGUUAUGCAGUAUACACUUGAUAUUAAAGUGUUAUGUAGGACGCUCUAAUAAAAUUAAGUUUAUAUGACACAUUUAUGUG